AAAGCAUUAAAGAUUUCUCCAAGCGCAGUCACACUAUUGUUAUCGUUUAUAUUAACUUAUUGUUUAUAUUGUUUAUGAAGCAUGUUCAAGCUAGUUUUUAAGCAGUACAAGUGCAAAAGUAACAGUCCCGAUUUAACGGAAGUGGUUAAGAUCGAUGAUUGUGUAGUCAAGGGGAAUGAUCAAGAAAAGAGUGAUAUUAAUAUUGUUCAACGAUUAAGUAUCAGCAAUGUAGAAAGCCCACAGACAAUGCCAGGCGUUAAAUCGCCAAAAGAUUGGAGAUCCUAUACAUUAACUAACCAUCCCGGCAUUAUUGUAAUUCGGAAUCCAUUCUCGGAACGUGGCCGGCGUUAUUGGAUCGCCCGAUGUCUGCGGGAUUAUCCGCGAACGCCAAAUAUAGUCAAUUUGAAUGAAAGGCUCUUCGAUGAAUCCGUCAGAUCGGACUGGUGGAAACAGCUUAGUCUGUGCAGCGAUGGCGCUGAGUUCCAACGGAUAAAAUCCGCGAUGCGUUGGACGACAUUUGGAUAUCACCACAACUGGGACACGAAGAUCUAUGAUGAGGAGAUGCAGUCGCCCUUUCCCGAAGAUUUGAGCAGUCUAUGCGGAUUGUUUGCGCAAGCGUUGGGAUACGCUGAUUUCAAGCCAGAAGCUGCAAUUGUAAAUUACUAUCCAGUUGGUAGUACGUUAUCGGGUCACACAGAUCACUCUGAACCAAACAAAUCGGCCCCUUUGUUUUCUUUUAGUUUUGGUCAGACUGCAAUAUUUCUAAUUGGUGGAAGAUCUUUAGAAGAAAAGCCAACCGCUAUCUACCUUCAAUGCGGGGACGUUAUGAUAAUGUCCGGAGAAUCGCGUCUAUGCUAUCACGCAGUUCCCCGUAUCAUCAAAACUCAGACAUCCGCGACUUCAUCACUGAUAAAUGAAGAUGCGGACAAUGCAGAUAUUAAAACUGGUACAAUGGAUAAAGAUUUAUUUUAUAAUGUUGGCGACCCCCAAUUUUGGGAGCCUUUUUCGAAAUAUAUGGACGAUUCACGUAUUAAUAUUAAUGUACGUCAAGUGUUAAAUCCAGGAGAUGUUAAACUUUAACCCCUCCUUAGACAAGUUUUUA